AACAUAGCCAAUUUGACCUUAAUUUCUUCACUGUCUUCAACAACAAGCCACUAACCGCCAUUAUUGAACCAUGACGUCCCACUUUGAAUCUAGUUACGCAACUCCCUCUCAAUCAUUCCUCUAAAAUGGCCAUUUCAAAAUUUCCAUUGAAAACUGCUUCACGAAAUCAUCAGCCAAUGCUAACCUUCCAAACAACCAUUGCUUGACGGCGAUUUCUCCGCACCAAAACCAGCACAGUUUUGUAAUUAUUUCCCUCCCCCUGCCUAUAAAUUUGGUUGCUUUCCCUUCACACCCUCUUGCCUCUAAACCUUCAAAACAUUUCUCUCUCUGUUUCCUCUCUAGAUGGCCAUGGCCUUAAAAUGGCUGCUUCAUUCUGCAUGUUAUCUUCUGAAUGAGGUCCAUGCUUGUGCUAAUGGAGGUGUCAAGACAUCAGAUGAAGAGAGAAUUCCAAAAGGGAAAAAGGGUUGUGAAGAAAUAUGCAAUUCUGCUUCUGGGUUUCAAAUGCCUCUUCAUUACCCUCGCUAUAACAAGGCAGAUUACCAGAAGAUGGAGGAAUGGGAAGUGGAUCUGCUUCUCAACCAGUACGGGAUGGGCUUUGAAGGCAGUUUGGAGGAGAAGAGGGCCUUCGCCAUGGGCGCAUUCCUAUGGCCUGAUCAGUUCUAAAUUAUACACCAAUUUUCUCUCUCUGUCUCGCUCUCCAGAGGAACUCAAAAAUAAAGAUUCUACUGUGUUCUGGGAGUUGUAAUGGAAAAAACUAAUGGUGUUUUUGUGCUUGUGCCUACUAAAACAUAAGUUCAUAUGCUAUGGCCAGAAGAAUUUCAUGUCUUCUCUCUGUGCUUUUUGUCUAAUAGAAUAUAAUCUCCUUUUCAUUC